UAUUAUUAAAACAAAAAGCCAUAAUUUUUUACAACAGAUAAAUAUCCACAUUACAGUUCUAAUGGUUAUGGCUUUGGUGCUUCUGGUGGCAAUUGCCAUUUUGUUGGCUUUCUAUUGUAACUUAGAUUUGCGCAAAUUCUCAGAAUGUUACAUAAAGCCACUGCUCUUUAAACAGGAUCGAGUGAACAAAUACAACAACACAGAUUCGGAAGCAUCCUUAACCUCGGAUACAGAUUACUAUCAUGCGCGUGAGAUAAGACCGAAGGGAGUAUUUGAUAUUCCUGGACCAAAGCCGCUGCCAAUGGUUGGCACCAAAUGGAUAUUUUUGUUAUUUUUUCGAAAAUACAAAAUGUCUCGGCUUCAUGAGGUUUAUGCGGAUCUUAAUCGUAAAUACGGUGAUAUCGUUUUGGAAGUCAUGCCCUCGGGUCUACCCAUCGUACACUUGUUCAACCGUUCCGAUUUGGAAAAAGUUCUAAAAUAUCCCAGCAAAUAUCCCUUUAGACCUCCCACGGAAAUUGUGGUGACCUAUCGUCGCUCAAGACCCGAACGCUAUGCCAGCGUCGGCAUUGUUAAUGAACAGGGUCCCACAUGGCAAAAGCUACGUUCCUCACUCACCUCAUUCAUCACCUCGCCCAGAAUACUGCAAAACUUUUUGCCAGCCCUAAAUUUGGUAUGUGAUGAUUUUAUUGACCUUUUAAAAGCACAUAGAGAUCCUCAUACGUUCGAGGUUACCAAUUUUGAAGAUAUUGCCAAUUUGAUGGGUCUAGAGGCUGUGUGUACCCUUAUGCUGGGACGUCGCAUGGGAUUUCUCUCCACCACCACCGAACAACCGGAAAAAAUCAGGCAACUGGCCACAGCAGUCAAACAACUGUUCAUAUCCCAAAGAGACUCGUACUACGGCUUCGGCAUGUGGAAAUACUUUCCCACACAGACCUAUAGGAAGUUUGCUUGGGCCGAGGAGACUAUUUACGAUGUGAUUUCGGAAAUGGUCGAUCAGGCUCUGGAAGAGAAUAAUGCUAAUUUUAUGCACCACGACGAUGAUGUGCGUAGUGUAUUCCAACAUAUUCUCGAAUUGAAAGAUUUGGAUAUACGAGAUAAGAAGUCGGCCAUCAUUGAUUUCAUUGCAGCUGGCAUAGAGACGUUGGCUAAUACCUUGUUGUUUGUCUUGAGUUCGGUGACAGGCAAUGCUGAGGUCAUUUCCAAAAUUCUAGAAGAAUUUCAGGAGCACCGCCACACAUUAAUACUGCAGGAAGCUUUCACCAAUGCCAUAUUCACCAAAGCCUGUAUUCAGGAAUCGUAUCGCAUAAGGCCGACAGCAUUUUGUUUGGCGCGAAUACUGGAGGAGGAUAUGCAGCUUUCGGGCUAUGAUCUUAAAGCAGGGACUGUGGUUCUCUGCCAGAACAUGAUUGCCUGUCACAAGGACCAAAAUUUUCCCGAAGCCAAAACAUUUCACCCCGAACGGUGGAUAGACAAAGAUGGCAAUUUCAGUGUAAACAUUGAAAGUUCAACCAUUGUGGUACCUUUUGGUAUUGGCAAAAGAACAUGUCCGGGUAAACGGUUUGUGGAGAUGGAAAUUGUGUUGCUGCUAGCAAAGCUACUGCUCGCAUUCGACAUCACCUUCACAAAGCCGUUGGAAACGGAGUUUGAAUUUCUGCUGGCGCCUAAAACUCCUCUAAGUUUAAUUAUGCGUGAUCGUGAGUUCUAAGUCCAUCACAUUGAUCGUCAUGAACAACAAAAAGUAUUCUUCUCUUUCUCUUUGGUUUAUUUAUUUUUUUAAGAGUUACCCCAUUACUUUCGACGAAUCCCCCCUCUCCAACAUACAAAUUGUAGAAUUUAGAUUUUAAAAGCCUUGUAAAACUUUAGACUAGCAUAAUUUUAUAAUUUUCUGAUUGAAAUGCGAUUGUGAGUUGAUUUUUGGUGUUUGGUGAUGGUCGGCAUGCCCACAGUCACCACAAUUCAAUAUCGAGUGCAAUCCUGUUUUGGUCGUUUUUUAGUUCAUAAGUAGCAGCAUUUUUUGUGUGAGAGUAACGAAAGACUGUAUAACGGUAUGCAAUUAAAUGUUAUUUAUUAAACAAACCGCAAAAAGACUACACUAUAAGAAUUAUCAAAAUAAAGACAAAUGUAAUUAUAAUAAUUUUGUAAUAAAAAAUAAAAAAAAAUGCUAUAAUCUUCGAUAUUUUAUGAUUCGUUUGAACCUUUUUAAUCUCUGCGUUCGUGAAAGAAACGUGAACCGAAAAGUCUCAUUGAAGAACCUAAAUGUCAGUGGACAAAUUUGCAAUAAAAGAGCAUUGCUUUCUUAAAAAAAAGGCACUACGUGUGGCCGAUCCUUGGACAGCUCAAAACUUGAGCAAAUCCGCGAAGAAAGCAAAUCGACAAAUAAAUGAGACUUCUAAAAGCACAAGAACACAAAUCGGAGAAUUAGUUUAUAUGAGGACCAUAUGUCUUUAUGGACUGUAUUCUAUUUGAGGUAAUAAGUGUGCAUUAAUUACCAAAUGACAGUCAUACAGUCAUGCACUCAAAGACAAAUGUUACUCAAUAUUGCAAAUGUCAAAACAGCAGCCGGAUGUUUUCAGAUGGGUUGUUAAACAAUCCGUAUCACAUUUCGAGCAAAUAUGUUCAAACUGCAAUAUCUAUAGUCCACAAAUGACAACAUUAUUGCAAAUUACACAAAAUUUGCGAUUGCAAUGACCCUAGAA